UACGGAAACCCUGCGGCCAUAGCCAUGUCGGUGCAGCAAGUCCCUCCUUCGCGGGUUUUCGUGGAACUGGUUCCCUGGGCUGACCGGUGCCGGGAGAACAAUCUGGCCUCCGGCGGACAGACUCUGCCCGCCGUCCGCCGUCCCCUCUCUUCAGCACCGGCCCAAACUGCGACUCGCGAGGUGCACGUAAGUGGCACCGCUGAGGUGUCUGCGGGCCCUGACCGGGCGCAGGUAGCAGUUCGAGUGAGCAGCACCAAGGUGACGGCAGCGGAGGCCAAGAAGAGUGUUUGCCGCCGCCUAGACUACAUCACGCAGAGCCUCCAGCAGCAGGGUCUGCAGGCAGAAAAUGUAACUGUGACAAAGGAUUUUAGAAGAGUAGAAAAUGCUUAUCACAUGGAAGCAGAGGUCUGCAUUAUAUUUACUGAAUUUGGAAAAAUGCAAAAUACUUGUAACUUUCUCGUUGAAAAGCUAGAUAGCUCUGUUGUCAUCAGCCCACCCCAGUUCUAUCAUACUUCAGGUUCUGUUGAGAACCUUAGACGGCAAGCCUGUCUCGUUGCUGUUGAGAAUGCGUGGCGCAAAGCUCAAGAAGUCUGUAACCUUGUUGGCCAAACCCUAGGAAAACCUUUACUAAUCAAAGAAGAAGAAACAAAAGAAUGGGAAGGACAAAUAGAUGACCUCCCGUCGUCCAGACUCUCAAGUUCAUUAACUGUACAACAAAAAAUAAAAAAUGCAACAAUACAUGCUGCUUCAAAAGUAUUUAUAACUUUUGAGGUAAAGGGGAAAGAGAAGAAAAAAAAGCAUCUCUGAAAUUCCAACUAAAAUAUAUUGUAUUUGUAUCUUUUUAUAUAUUUUUAUACAUUUUAUGUUUACUUUUGUCCCAAAUAUGUAUAUAUAAUAGUAGAUAAACUAUUUCUUCCAAAAUCUGUCAAUCCUUAAAUAUAGUCUCUCAGAAUACUUAGAUUCACUUUCUGUUUCUAUUGUCAAAAACUUACUCUGAGAAAUACUUUUGGGAAAUAAAUAUAUUAUUUGCACACUUGUAUACUGACAAUUCAUACAAGUACAUUACAUGUGUAAUAUUUCUCCUUUAGGGACUAAUAUUGAUACUCAGCCACAUUUUUAUGUGAAACCAGUUUUUUUUAUAAAAACUGAGCUUCAACAAAUUAUUUUAAUUUUAAAAAUUGUAAAACAAAUUUUUACAUAUAAAAAGGAAUCCUUAUAUCCCAUUAAACCUAAUAAUUUUCUACAA